CCGGUGGGCAUUUACCGCGGGAAGUACGAGUGGGCGAAUGAGAACAGUCCAGUUGGGGGAGACUGCUCCCUAUGGGUGCGCGCUGCAACCCUGCAACUAGACGAUGGACAGUGGCAGUGCCAAGUCACUGCCAGCAACUACGAUGUGCAGGAUGCCCUAUCCAGUCCACCAGCAGCACUAGCAGUGCGGGUACCUCCACAAUCUCCCCGGAUUCUCUUCAAUGGGUCCCACGUGAUGCCAGGACAGAACAUCACGGUCCCAGCAGGGAAUAGAGCUACGGUCGUCUGCGAGGCCAGAUAUGGCAACCCUCCGGCGUAUAUCGAGUGGUAUUUGGAAAAGGAACGCCUGACAGCUUGGUCACAAACCAAUGCCUCAGAAGUGGAAAGGCCACGGGUUUGGGCAGCGCGAUCCGUGUUGGAACUUGGAGCCACCAGAUCAGCUCAUGGCCGUCAGCUGGCCUGCAGGGCUCAUCAUCCUUCAUACCCCUCACCGUACUACAGGGAUUCUUAUACGAUGCUGGAUGUAACAUUUGUUCCGGUAGUUUCCAUAAUCGGAGGUGAUGCGAGUACCCUGGCCAACUUAGAGGAGGGUUCUAGUGCUCUCACUCUGGAGUGCCGAGCUGAUGGCAACCCCAGUCCUUACGUAUGGUGGACUAAGAACGGACAAGUCAUCGCUACCAAUGGAGCGAAGCUGAUCCUUGCUCCAGUAUCUAGGAAUCAUUCUGGUAUUUACGGCUGUCAAGCAAGGAAUUCUUUGGGAACAUCAGAUUCAGUGAAGAUUGAAAUUGAUAUUAAGUAUCCUCCACGAGUGACCUGGGUGGGACCUGAUACCGUGGUUGAAGCGAACCUGUUCUCUCAAGUUACGUUAGAAUGCAAAGCUGAAGGCAAUCCCCCGCCCUCUUACACCUGGUACCACAACCCAGCGUCAUCAGCCCGUAUCAACUCGUUACAAGACGGCGCGUACCCAAUCUCGGUGACUCCUCAACUACAGCUGCACAAUGUGUCGUACGACCAGCAUGGACGAUAUACCUGCGUGGCUACCAAUCAGAUCGGAUUGGAAGAUCGGUCCCAGCAAUCAGAAGCAGUAACCCUGAACGUGCUAGGUCCACCAGUGGGCGCCCAGUCCGGCGCAGCGCAUGCGUGGAGCGGCGGCGAGGCGCGCGUGUGGGCCGCCGUGUGCGCCGACCCGCCGCCGCGCCGCGCCGCCUGGCUGUGGGGCAGUCUGCGCCUCGACGUGCCCAGUCAGAUCGGUCGCUACCGUACUUUAGAGCCAGCGAUGGACGGCGGCUGCUAUCGCUACACUCUCCUCAUCUCCAACACGGGCAUGUCGGACGCGAGAGUCUACGUGCUGCACGUAGAGAAUGAGAGGGGAUUCUCUUCUCAUGCCGUCACUCUUACUGUGCAUGAGACUGCGCAUGUGGCGCCUCUGAUUGCGGCGGCGCUCGUCAUCGCCGCGUUACUCGUCAUCGUGCUGUGUUUGAUACUGCGGUGUAGGAGACGGAGAGAAACUGUGGAAUAUAAGACUGAAGAUUUAGAUAGCGAAAAGGCAGCGUUACCAGCGGACGCGGUGUACACGCCGCGUGAGGCGCCGCGCGCCGCCACAGGGUCCGUGCUGGGCACCGCAGGUCCCCCAGCAGGGGCCGGCACAGGCGCGCGCUACUCGCCGGGCGCGCUGCAGGUGCGGCGCGCGGCCGUGGUGCUGCAGCCCCCCACCACCGUGUGACCAUCGCGCACAGGCAGCUUUAACGUCGCUGGAGAGAGAAGCCAAAGAGAAUGUUUAUGCGGUAUUAGAUCCGCACAUUCAGUACGAAAUAACGAUAAAUAAGCACGGAGAGCCGCCUAAAUACUUAUCCUUAUCGAAGCCGCUAACUCACCAAAGAACUCACGCCUUUGACCCCCAUAGCAUUACAAACGAGAUCAACAAUAAUGAUAAUUACGAACGAUUCUCCACUUUCAAAACUGGACCACCGAAAGCCAGAAGAUCGAAUAAAAGCUACGAUAAAAAUAACAAAAACUACGUUUGCAAAACAAAUAACGAUAUCGAAUACUCCAAAGACCCAUUCUUCGGUAAAGUCAGAAGUACAGAUACAAUGCAUCAACACAAUGCACAAAAAUACAACGAACAUAAAGAUACCAAAAAUUAUUCCCGAAUGUAUGACAGGAAUAAUUCUGGACGCAAGGAGAACGAUAAAAAGAACCAGGAUGGCUUUGAAAAGGACUUUCAGAAUAACAAGAGAUCUUCAAACCGCAGCUGGAAAGGCACAAAGGAGAAGGAGAGGUCUUUUGAGGAUUUUACAGAAGUUGUGAAACAGGAUGCUGAAGAAGAGUUUAGGCCUCGUCCGGGGAAGGUCAGGGAGAUAGCUUCGAGGUUCAACAAGUGUAGCACUGGUAACGUAACUUUGAACGCCAGGAAGGACAGACCCAAACCGCUGCAAAGUUACGGCCACCAGGCGUACCUCGACCACGUGUUCCCUGACGCAGUGGAAAUAUAGUGUAAUGAGUGGACAUGACAAGUUAGAUCUCCGUUUAAUUAGUGUGUACUUAAUAAGGACUAGAUUUCUCACUAUACUUAUUUAUUAAUGUAGUUUUGCCAUAUUCUUCUAGAUAUUUCAACUGACUCGUGUGGAGUCGCAGAAAUUUUGGAAUACUUGAGCAUGUAGUUGUAAAUAGUUCCGCUAUUAGAUAGCUGCACAUCAUAGAUUAUGCACGCAGGGUGCAGACUGGACGAGGAAACGCGUAGAGCCGCAUUCACAUGUAUUUACAUUAAUCCUUUAACUAUUAAAUAAAUGAAUAAUACCAUAAAAUGUUGUGACGACCGUUUUACAAUUUGUAUUAAACUUUUUUUGUAUCGGUGUCUCUUUUGUAUUUACAUGAUGUUGCAUUUACUUGUAAAUAGUCAGAUUAUAGGAUGAUUGCUAUAUCAAGUUUAUGUUCUUUCGCCCUACGUAAUAUAAGUAUACCAGUUAGUCUAGUUUGUUACAGAUUAUUUCCUUGUGUGUAUAGUCUCUAUUACUUAUGUUUUGUAUUGUUGAAUUUUAACAGUAUUAAAAUUAUAAUUUUA